CGGAGUGGCGCCGCUCAACACUGCAAUGAGAAGCUCUUCUCAAGGACAAACUCACAGCCCUUACAAUUAAUCAUUUUUCUAAAAUCUGGACUGGGGAAAGACACACGUUGGAAUUGGUUGGAUUUUGAGUUUCAUUAUUGACGUAAGGUGUCGACAUUGGUGACUUGUCUCUUUUGAAAGACAGCUUGCAGAAUUUUGAUUGGCUGGGCCAGGAAUGGUGGAUCACUUACUAGCGAGCGAGGAGACCUUCCCGCCUUAUGUCGGCUCCCCGCCAGUCUACCACCUGUCGGACAUGGUUACUGAUGCCAGUAGCUACCAGGUUCUCCCUUCCCCGUUUUCCGAGGACGACCUGAGCGACUCGUCCAGCCUACGCUCCUGCUCCAGCCCGGAGUCCCAGGUGCUCAGCUCCAGCUAUGGGAGCAGCUCCAGCGCUGAGAGUCAGGACAGCAUCCUGGACUUCCUGCUCUCGCAGACCUCGCUGGGGGGCGGGGGCGCGGCAACCCCCCUCCCCAGCUUCCUGUGGGAGCCACGGAAGGAACCGCACCCCCAGCCUGUGAAGGAGGAGAGCUUCGACUUUCCCAUCUUCUCGGCUGACCUGGAGGACCACACCGGGCUCUUCCAGCCAACGCUGGAGGAGAUCGAGGAGUUCCUGGAGGAGAACAUGGAGGUGGUCGCCCUGAAACAGGAGCUUGGUGAGCAUGCGGUGCUGGGAGGGGGCGGCCUGAGCUCCACGGCGCCUGAAGCCACAGCCCAGCACACGGACCAAACCGCUCAAGUGGUCAGUGCCCCUGCUGUCACCGCCAGUACUGAGACCAAAAGCAUACAGUCAGGGCCUGGUUCGAGCCUGGGCUCUUUUGGUGGAGUUAAACAGGAGGAGGCUGUGGGCGGGGCCGUCUCAACGGACAGCAGCGGGGUGCCGGUCAUUCUGCAGAUACAGCCGUUCCAGAUCAAACAGGAGGCCAGCCCCAGCACCCCGCCAGCCCAGGCCCCCCAGCCUCCCCAACAAGCUUCAGACAUUAAAAUCGCCCAGCUCCUGGUCAACAUCCAGGGGCAGACCUUCGCCCUGGUGCCCCAGCUGGUGGCCUCCCCCAACCUCAAUGUGUCGUCCAAGUUUGUCCGCAUUGCGCCUGUCCCUAUCGCUGCCAAGCCUCCGAGCCAGGGAGAGGGUGGCACUGGGGGUUCUGGUCUUCUGGCUGGGGGUCAGAAGUUCCAGAAGAACCCAGUGGCGGACCUCAUAAAAAUGCACAAAUGCACUUUCUCAGGCUGCAACAAGAUGUACACCAAGAGCAGCCACCUUAAGGCUCACCUGCGGAGGCACACAGGGGAGAAGCCCUUUGCUUGCACCUGGCAGGGGUGUGGCUGGAGGUUCUCCCGGUCGGACGAGCUGUCUCGACACCGGCGCUCGCACUCGGGGGUGAAGCCCUACCAGUGCCCUGUCUGCGAGAAGAAGUUCGCCCGCAGCGAUCACCUGUCCAAACACAUCAAGGUCCAUCGCUUUCCCCGGAGCAGCCGAACAGUGCGACCCUCGAACUGAGCCUCAGUACUUCCCAGUGGACCGAGGCCAAAGGGGCAGAAAGAAAGAAUGAGGAGGAGAGAGAGAAGAAGGGAGGACUGGAGAGUGAGAGAGCGAGAGAUAAAGGGGAAGCAAGGGAUAAGAAAGAGGGAGAGGCUGAGAGAGAAAGCAAGACUGAAUGAGAACAAGAGAGUGAAAGAUGG